AUGAUGGCAUUCACAUACAACUAUUUCAAGGCCUCACUUUUACUUAAUUUUGAUCAAAGUGGCACAAUUUGGUAUUCUUAAAUUAAUUCAUUUGAAAAUUCUUUAGAGAAAUAAAUCUCAUCAUAAUUUGAAAAGUUUAAAAAUGAUUUUAUUCAAAAAUAUCUGAAGAUUAACUUUAACAUAACAUUGGGAGAAUUGAUUUAUAAAACUAGGUUGUAAUAUUUAAUACCAUUUUUCAGAAAUAUUUUAUUCAAAGAAAUUGGGCCCAGAGUUUUUAGUGGGAUUUUGAUUUUAGAUUAAAAAGAUUUCAACUAAUAAUUUAAAUAAUUUUUAAAGAAUGAAAAGAUUAAAUUCAAUCAUCAUCCAAAAAUUCUAUCAAUUUAUGGAUUUCUUCAAAAAUUUUAUAUAGAUUUAUUUAAAAAAAGUAAAAAAAAGUGA